CAAUGGGCGACGAAAACAGAAGUCGGCGAACGUCUCUCGCUCGCGGACAGUAAAUCGGGAAACAGUGAAUUAGCCGAAUGUUUCGUGCUGUUGACUUUUGAAAGUAUCUCAUCACCUGGAGGCAGAAGCGAGGAAGAAGCAACUGCCCAUUACUGUAAAGUCACGAUGGAUGUGAAAGAGGAGACGUAUGAGACGGACAUAAAUAACUUGGAGAUCAUAACUGUGAGUAUUAAGGAGGAGGAGGAGGAGGACUGUCCAUGGGAGUUUGUCCACCCAGAGCAGAACGGUCAGGGCAUUAAGGAGGAGGAUUCCGAACUGAUGACUGUGGGCAUUAAGGAAGAGCCCAAGGAGACGGCUGUAAGCUUUGAGAAGCCGAAACGUAAAAGUAGGAAGUGUGGUGACUUCGAGGUGAGGUCUGAAUCAAGUCAGGCUGUUAUAACUCUGGAAGAUCAGCCAUCACCUUCAAAUCAGUUUGGAGAAAGAGAUAAACUGCACUACUGCUCUGAAUGUGGCAAACGUUUCUGCGACAGAAGUACUCUUCAGAAACACACUAGGAUUCACACUGGGGAGAAGCCAUACUAUUGUUCUGAAUGUGGCAAGCGAUUCUCACAAGUCAUCCAUCUUCAGAGACACACACGAAUUCACACCGGAGAGAAGCCAUAUUCAUGUUCUGAAUGUGGCAAACAAUUCUCACAAAUAACCCAUCUUCAGACCCACACCAGAAUUCACACUGGAGAGAAGCCAUAUUCCUGCACAGAAUGUGGUAAACAAUUCUCUGUCCGUAGCAGUCUUCAGACUCACACAAGAAUUCAUACCGGAGAGAAACCAUAUUGCUGUAAUGAAUGUGGCAAACGAUUUGCACAGCUGAGUGGUCUUCAGAAACACAAGCACAAACACUGAUGACGAGCCCUAGUGCUGUGUGAAAGAAGUAAAUUGUUACUUUACAGGCGUAGUCUUGUAACCGAGUCAAGAAUUCAUGCAGAAGAGAAAAGUUGCUGCUCUUCUACUUGUGGCAAAUGGUUAGCACAAAUGGUCACUCUUCAGACCCACAUACGAAUGCUUAUUGGAGAGAAACCGUAAUGCUGUUCUGAUUGUGGAAAAUGAUUCACUGGCUGUGGUCAUCUUAAGAGAGCUCAUACAGGAGAACAACAUCACUGCUGUUUUGAAUGUGGCAAAUAAUUUGCUAACAGAAGUGCUUUUCAGAAUUCACGUACAUGGGUGUUCCUAAGGGAGUCAUUUUAGCGGACGGGGAAAGAAAGGAGGAAGGAGUCUAAGCUAAAUUCCCAAGUCUUAAAACAAGUAUCUUCUCGAGGUGGGUUUCAUUGUAUAGCAUGUAUACCAAAUGUCAAUGUGGAAAAAAUGCUGUUAAAGUGUGUGAAGGAUCCACCUUGCGGCAGUGUGAGCAUGUUAAGGAGGAUAUUUAGCAUUGUUCAUAAUACCAAUCAACUUGGUCUUUAUUCCCUCCUCCACUGCUACCUCUAGCAGGUUUAGAGCGUGUCCCAUAAUUGAGCCUACCUUCUUGAUU